AUGACCCAUUUUCUGUAUAAACUUUGGAGAACCUCUCGACUAGUUUCGUCACGAAUUUUUCUGGACUCACAAACUGGAUUUGCUUUAAUUGCUCGCUCGUAUAUACAGAUGGAGUGGUCAAGUGAUGCAGACACGAGUUUUUCCUCUUUAAAUCCCAUUUCAUCUAAAGAAGACAUUUCCACCUCACUGAUAUCUUCGACUAGUGAUGUCAUUACGGGCCUUCACGUAAACACUCCUUUCUCGUCUCCUUUAUCAACAAAUCUUUCCACGUGUUCCUCUCUCCCUCAAGAUGACCAAAACUGUAGAAAAAGCAAGAUCCUUCCCCAAUCUCUUUUGCUGUCUGUUACAAAAAAAGUCCGUGAUGGAACGGUUUCGAAAUCGGAGAUUGGUUCAAAUGAUUUGACAAGCAGUAACAAUUUUCUUUCUCAACUUUCUCCCCUGUCUGCAAACAGCUUUGACUCCUCGUCUAGAUUUGUAAAUGCCAUAGAUUCUAACACUUCAGAUAUAGAUUCGAAUUCAUCGCAACUUGCCGUAAAGGUCGAAGUGUCUGUAGACGGCGAGGACAAAAUUCUGUGCACUAAUUCCGACACUUCGAUAUGCACUAUUUACAGCGACGAUGAAACUAGAAAUAAACUGAAAAUCGAGAAACCCGCGAAGCGGAUACCGAACUAUUUUAUUUCUAUCCAGUUUUCGGAUCCAGAAAUCUAUCGCAGUUUGAAAGAGGUGCACAAGUCAGUCAUGAAAAAAAAUGGCAACUACUCCCUCGCAGUGGUUCCUUUGCACAGUCUGCACAUGACUCUGGCAGUGAUGAGACUGGAAAACGAGGAGGACAUGGCGUGUGCAAAAUCAGCAUUGAACCGCUGCGGUGAUGAACUGAGACCAAAAUACACAGAUGAGUUGUUGGAGCUUCCUUUGCAAGGCCUGGGAAACUUCAGACACUCUGUCGUCUUUGCCAAAGUCCAUCCCGGGGAGCACGUUGCCAAGCUGGAAGAAAUUGCUGAUGUGGUACAGAAGAAGUUUUGUGAGGAAGGACUCGUUGAUGAUAAGCGCGAUUUUACCCCUCACGUGACGGUACUGAAACUGUCGCGUGUCGGUAAAAAGCUUACUAAAAAGACUGGGUUGAAAAAAAUCUACCCUGACAUCUACGAAGAUCACAAGUUAUCUGGCAUAUUUUUUAUAUUUUUCUUUUUCUCUUUUUUUUACUUUACUUUUUUCUUUCCUUUCUCUUUUUUGAUUUUCUUUUUUUUUUUUGCCCUCCUUUUUUUUUUUUUUUUUGCCCUCCUUUUUUUUUUCUUUUCUUGUGCUUUUUUUACUCUCUAA